GUAUAUGAGUGACCUAAAGCUGCAAAUUAAAACGGAGAGAAAGCAGUAUCAACUGCGAGCAGGGCAAGGAUGCCAAUUCCUCCUCCCCCUCCACCACCCCCUGGUCCUCCUCCACCUCCCACUUUUAAUCAGUAUAAAUGGAGAUUUGGACAAGUCACAUCAGAACAGGAACUAGUCUUUUGCCCCAAAACUAUUCUAUAAAGGUGAGCACAGCAUUUCUCUGGCAUUGUUGAGAAAAGGGACGGCAACUCCUGGUUGUUACUUGCUACUGUUUCAUCUCCUUUUCUUUCACUCCAAACCAGUUCAUCCUAAGGCCAAGUCCAUUAAGUCUACUACACCAUCAAAAAAGAAAGGAGUUUCCAGAAAAUAUUAGUACGAAGACUUAAAGGUUUGAUAACAGAAGGAAAAAAAAGCAAUGUGGCUUCUGAACCGAAGAGGCAACCAUGUUUACUAUAUGUGGAUUGUGAUAUCUGGUGUUACAUGAGAAAGAAGCAACUUGGGUGCUUUCUCUCUCUCUCUCUCUCUCUCUCUCUCUUUUUUUUUUUAAGUAAUUUUUAUACCCAACGUAGGGUAGAAUUCAAAGAUCAAGAGUUUCAUGCUCUACCAACUGAGCCAGCCAGGCAUGCCUGCUUUAUCUCAUUUUUGUAAAAUUUUAAAGCAAAAGAAACUUGAGGGAAUGAAUAUCGUGUGUGUGUGUGUGUGUGUGUGUGUGUGUGUGUGUGUAGCAGAUGAGAAAUAGUGCCUGAAAGUGUCGGUGUAAGUGUGUCUUAGGUGUUUAACAGAUGAGAGGUAGUACCCCUAAGGAGGCAAAGUGACUUGCCUAGCUAAUUUAUUUUAGAACUAGGACUAGAGUUCAGGUCUGCCCACUUGUUUUUUUUCCGUAAGUUCUGGUUUUCAGACAUUUUGUUGGAGGGUAUGUAUGAACCCUCUUUCUGGAUGAAAUUUUAUGUGGAAGCCCAAUAAGUGAAAUGGAAAGCAGAGCUGCUCUGGUCAUAGUGGGAUUCAAGGACCCAAAGUAUAUCCUUGGAUCUGUAUAACUUCCUGGGUUAAUGCUCUGCAUCAUGCUGUCUUAGUCAUUUACUCAGUAGCCUUUUGUUGUGUACUUGACCAUGUCAGAGACUUGGCUUGGCAUACAACUUAGAAAAUCCAGAUAAUUUUACUCCAUACUUCUUUCUAUAUUGCUUGACUCUUUCCCAAUAAGAUUUAUUUAUGUAAUUGAAAGAGAGGGAAAACAUGCAGAUAAGAAAAACAGAUUAAAAAUAAUCUGUAAUACCAUUGGCCAGAAAGGACAAUUUCUGCCUUCAAAGGCUCCAGCACAAUGGGUGAAACAGACAAGUCAGCAGGCAAAUUCCAUGCUACACAGAGAUAAAUGAAGCCAUAAAGGAGCAGGCCUCACCUACCGGCUCUGGAGGGAGUGGAGGCAGUCAGAGGCGGCUUCUAGUCAGGAGGUGAUACUUGAGGGGAGUCUUAACAGAUGAGUAGCAUUUAGCCAGAAAGUGAAGAGUGAGGGCAGGCACUUGGUAUUGAAGUAGAACGGAAGGGUGCUGAUGUGUGGGAAAGCACACCCAGGAUCGGAUCAUUGCUGGAGGGGUGUGGUGGGAAAUGAAGCUGGAGGCAGGCACAGGCUGAGAGGGUUUGGGUUUUUCUCCAGGCAGUGAUAGGGAGGUAGUGUAUUUUUAACAGCAGGAAUCAACUGAUUGGGUGCAUUAGAAAAGUGUGGAUAGUAGGUUGGGGUUGAGACUGGAGACAGAAGGCUGUUACAGUUGAAAAUCGAGAGUUUUGCACUAACACAGCAAAGAUGGAAGAAAUGAAGAUGAGAGGCAUUUAGAAAGUAAAAUCUUUUUUUUUUAAGUUUAUUUUGAGCGAGAGCGAGUGCGCGCGUGCAUGGAGGAGGGGCAGAGAGAGAAGGAGAGAGAGAAUCCCAAGUAGGCUGUUGCGGUGCUUGAACUCACUAACCCAUGAAAUCAUGACCUGGGCCGAAAUUGAGUUGGAUGCUUAACAAACUGAGCCAGCCAGGCGCCCCUAGAAAGUAAAAUCUUAAAGAGUUGGUAACAGUUGUAAGACUGAGGAAGAGGAAGGAAGUUGGAAUGACUCUAGUUUGGGGGACUGAAUGUUGUUGACAAAGAGAAACAGGUUUGUGGAGGAGGAUAUGAACUCAAUUUUGCAUAUGUUUAGUAAUGUUUUAAUAAUUUUCUCUUUACAAAAGUAAUGAGUAAGAAAUUUAUGAACUAUGGCUUGGAUGCCUGGCUGGCUCACUUGGUAGAACAUGGGACUCUUGAUCUUGGGGUUGUGAGUUUAAGCCCCAUCGUGGGCAUAGGAUUUAUUUUUAAAAGAAAGAAAUUGGGGCUCCUGGGUGGCUCAGUUGGUUGAGCGUCUGACUAUUGAUUUCAGCUUAGGUCAUGAUCGUAGGGUCAGGGGAUCAAGUCCCACAUUGGGCUUUUAGCUGACAGCACGGAGCCUGCUUGGGAAUCUUUUUCUCCCCCUCUCUCUGCCCCUUCCCUGCUCUCUUUCUCUCUCUCAAAAUAAAUAAACAUUUAAAAAAGAAAUGUAUUAACUAUGGAUAAGUAUAAAGAUAAAUAUAAAGGAUUAUACUUAAUCCAAUGAUUCAUAAUAGUUUUGUGUAUAUCCGUCCCCUCCCUUCCUCCCUUUUAUCUGGGCCUUUUUUCUACUUUUUUAAAAAGGAGGCUGUGCUGUAUAUACAUACUGAUUUGUUUUGUUUUCUUUUCCCCUCCCCCACGCUGCUAUGCGUACUGAGUUCUAAUCUGCUUACUCAUUAAUACAUCAUGAAUGACUUCUCACAUCAUUAAAUGGCAAACACAGAGCCGCCCAAGCUGAGUAGAGAUGAGCAGCGGGGUCGAGGUGCCCUAUUACAGGAUAUCUGCAAAGGGACCAAGCUGAAGAAGGUGACCAAUGUUAAUGAUCGGAGUGCUCCCAUCCUUGAGAAACCCAAAGGAAGCAGUGGUGGUUAUGGCUCUGGAGCAGUUGCCCUGCAGCCCAAGGGAGGUCUCUUCCAAGGGGGAGUGCCGAAGCUCCGACCUGUGGGAGCCAAGGAUGGUUCAGAGAACCUAGCUGGUAAGCCAGCCCUACAAGUCCCCAGUUCUCGAGCUGCUGCCCCAAGGCCACCGGUGUCUACAGCCAGUGGGCGCCCUCAAGAUGAUACAGACAGCAGCCGAGCCUCACUCCCAGAACUGCCCCGGAUGCAGAGACCAUCGUUACCGGACCUCUCUAGGCCUAAUACCACCAGCAGUACAGGCAUGAAGCACAGCAGCUCUGCCCCUCCUCCACCACCCCCGGGGCGGCGGGCCAACGCUCCCCCUACACCUCUGCCUGUGCACAGCAACAAAGCCCUAGCCUACAACAGAGAGAAACCCUUGCCGCCCACACCUGGACAAAGGCUGCACCUUGGUCGAGAGGGACCUCCUGCUCCACCCCCAGUCAAACCACCUCCUUCCCCUGUGACUAUUAGAACGGGACCAAGUGGCCAGUCUCUGGCUCCUCCUCCUCCGCCUUACCGCCAGCCUCCUGGGGUCCCCAAUGGACCCUCCAGUCCCACUAACGAGUCAGCCCCUGAGCUGCCCCAGAGACACAAUUCUUUGCAUAGGAAGACACCGGGGCCUGUCAGAGGCCUAGCGCCUCCUCCACCCACCUCAGCUUCUCCCUCGCUACAGAGUAAUAGGCCACCACCCCCAGCCCGGGACCCUCCCAGUCGGGGAGCAGCUCCUCUACCCCCACCACCCAUGAUCCGAAAUGGUGCCAGGGAUGCUCCCCCUCCCCCACCACCAUACCGAAUGCAUGGGUCAGAACCCCUGAGCCGAGGAAAGCCCCCACCUCCUCCCUCAAGGACGCCAGCUGGACCACCCCCUCCUCCUCCACCACCCCUGAGGAAUGGCCACAGAGAUUCUAUUACCACUGUCCGAUCUUUCUUGGAUGAUUUUGAGUCAAAGUAUUCUUUCCAUCCAGUAGAAGACUUUCCUGCUCCAGAAGAAUAUAAACACUUUCAAAGAAUAUAUCCCAGCAAAACAAACCGAGCUGCCCGUGGAGCCCCACCUCUGCCACCCAUUCUCAGGUGAAGCCUGGCUUGGUCCUGUUCCUCAGGAUAAGGAUGGACCCUCUCCUGUGCUCAGAUGGUCCCUUCCAUUCCCCUGAAACCUGCAUGAGAGCUCCUGAUGUGUUUCUCCAGUGCAACCCACCUCUAGACACCAAGCGUCCUCCCCACUCACCUCCAUCUAUGCAUCUCGUCUCUAGACUUGGUGAUUGGACUCUUUAUAUUGACAGGAGGGUCUCAAACCCUGCAUCCAUCCCUCCUCUUGCAAGCCCUGCUAGCCAGAUGAGGAAAAAGCUUCCAUGUCUCCUGCUUUCCUUUUGGGGAAAGGUGCCUUGUUGUGAUGAAUGAACUCAUUGUUGGGGCAGGGUGGAGAAUGGUACUCCUACCUUCUCCUACCCACAGUGGGGGAAGCUUGGCGAGUAUAUUCUAUUUCAUCAUUCAGGAGGCUGGCAUGGCCAGGACUUCUGGGGGGUGGGCAUUUUUAGUGAAACAGGAAAGGAAUUUGCAGAGAAGUGAUCUGUUUUAAAGGUCAUGUUUGAAAAAAGGGCAAAGAAACGGUUCUGCUUUCUUUUUAGGGGUAUUUUGGUUUUGUUUUCACCCCACCCCAUCCCACCACCCCAGGGAGAAGUUGGAUAUUACAAAUACUAAAUACUAAUCAGUUGAACUAAACAUCUAAUAAGAAGAGAGGGUGAAAUAAACUGGGGAUCCUUUUAGAGCUAGUCCGUUUCUGUGCAGCAAAGGGACCAGGAGCCAUUUGCAUCCUCUGGGAAUCCCUGCCCAUUUGCCCAUUUCCUCAGGGUGCUGAGGCUGAGGGAUGUUUUUCCUCUCUGCACUGCCCACUCCCUCAAGAGAAAAGUCCCAUUUUUUCGUUCAUUACAGAUUCACAUACUCCAAAAACCUGCAAUGGGAGAUGGGGAGAUAAGGCCUUGGCCUUGACACCUGGCCCUUUUAGUCCUGCUCAGAACCUUCAGCCCCUCAUGGGUGCUCCAGGAUGACAAGGGAAGGGUGAAGCACCUCAUGGAAGGGAUCAGCUCUGUGGACUUCGAAGGACUUUAAGGCCUACUUAUUCCAAAGUUCACAGCCCAUCUGGCUGAGUAUGUUCUUUCUGUUCCUUUCUCCACCACUCUUGCCUUCCCAAGACUGAAGGGGUUAUACAACCAAAUAGAGAAGGGUGAGGAAGCUUAUGGGGAUAGUCAAAGAUUCCUCUGUGCCAAGAAGCACAAAGACUUUGGUGAGGUGUGCUUCAGUCCAGUUGAUCUUCCUUGGCAGUCAGCAAUAUGUUUCUUUGUCUUCCAGUCCUGGUUAAAGGGCACAGAGGAAAUGGGUCCCAAUCUAGGUAGGAACUGAGCUUGGAUGGUGCGACAGGGACUUCACCAUUCUCCAGCAGCAGGAUGGGGCUCCCUGGGUUCUCCACAUGGGUUGGUUUGGUUUGCUACAGCUCUUGCCAAGUGCGGAGACUGCUCAAAGCUUGGAGUUAGAGCAGGAGAGCCAGGGCUGUUCCUUGAAAUGGAUGGGGAGAGUCAAUUAAAAAUUAUCACCAGGUACAUUCAACAGGCUUAAACUGCCUUAGGGACCUCUCUAAUCUGUUAGAUCACAGACUAAGGAUCUGUGCCUGGUGCCCAGUGAAACCCAAGUCUUCCCAGUGCUAGAUGGGAGAGCUCUCAACUUGGGUUAUUUGUAUGGGGUCUGCUAUCCUCUGCCAUCCCCUGGACUACAUUGGGCCUUGGGACAAACCAUGGUGAGGUCUGUCACCAAACUUUUCUAAUCAUUCUCUUUAUUGUUUUUAUUUUCAAAUCUGUUAGCAGUUACCUCCCAGCAGUAUAUCCCUAGCAUCCUGAAGCCAGGAUAGCUGAGACAGGGCACUAGUGGAGGGAAAGAGUUACAAGAGUUAAUUCUGCAGCAGAGUUCCAGGGAGAUGCUGACCAGUUGCUGAACUUGGACUGUGAAGUCUUCCCAUUUGUUUUUGAAAUGGGAGUUGAUGCCUUUUGUACAAUGUUAUCAAAGUAUAUCUUUUUUUUUUCCUCCUUUACUCAAACAUAGAGCAUCAAAAUGAGUAUCACAAGUAAAAGCCAAACCCCAGCUUUUCAUUGGGGCUGAUAAUCCUCCUCUGUGACCUGCUGUCCCUCAUAUUCCCCAGCAUUUGGGCUGUGUCACAUGGGUAUUGAUUGUAUUCUCAUUUUCUUGGCCUCAUGAAAAAAGGCCUGGGCCUAGAUCUAAUCAGAGGGAUUUUCUUCUUGAGAGCAUGUUGAUGGCACAGUACCUAUUUAAAUGUCUUUUGCCUUAUACGUUAUUUGGUCCCUCUGUUAAUAACAGAUUUAUUGUCAUGUAUAUUUACUAUUGAAGAAUGGGAAUGUGAUCCUCAUAGUUAUUGAUCUAUUUUAUAUGUUGUAAAAAGCUUGUAAAAUAGAUUUAAGGUGGGCUGGCUGCAAGAGCACUAAAACUUCUCACCUUUUAAACUGCUCUUUUUAUCUGCUUGUGGGAAUUUUGUCUCUUCAGUGGAAGAUUGGGUGGUCUCAUGUUGAGACUAUUGCCCAGUCCCAUUAACCCCCUUAUUCCCUCCCAGAAGGAAGAGACAUUGCCUAACAAAGCAUCAGGAAUCUGUGUUAAAAACCCUUGUGCGGGUUUGGUUUUAUGAUGUUUUUCUCUAGUGGGAAAAACUUAAUUGUUUCUUUCCACCCUUUCUGGGAAGCAGAGCAGUGGCUUCCAGGUUUUUAAAUGAGCUAGAUGCCCCUCUUCCCUCUUUUUUGGUCACCAGACCUGGAUCGAAUCACUUUGAUAUUCCAGGUAUGGUUUUUUUCUGUUGUGGGGAUUUCCUCCAGCUGCAGAACCCUAUCAUCCUCACAGCGUGGGCUCCCAGAGUGUGGGUUUAGGGCUACCCCACCUGACGGAUGUGAGGCUGCUGUCUCCAGAAAUGCAUCCCAGCACUCCUAACUGGCAAACGCAAGGAGACUAGCCACUGGCCAUUGCACUGGGGGCAUUCCCUCCCCCGACAGCUUCCCAACUUGAAGCCCAGAUUUACCUCCAGGGAGAGGUGAGAAAAAAUUGUAAAUAGACUUGCUACAGAGCAACUCAGGGUUGGGGUGUGUUUUAAUUCUCCUGAUCACUUGAAAUAAUCUGUAGGCUGAGUGCUUAUGGGAGUGGGGGAGAAAUGUGACUCCAGGGUCCUUCCCUUCCGCAAAGCUCUGGGGGUGGAGUACAGGGCAUCUGAGGCCCUUUGAUGGCACUACACUGAGCUGUCUGUCCUUCUGGAAACCCAACCUACGAUCAACUGCAAAUCCAAUUCUUCACAUUCCAGUUGUAGCCUUUCUUUCCCUACUGAAUCUCAGUCCCUGGCCAUGUGGUCAAGGUGGCUUUCUGUAAGACACCCUGAUUUAGGGAAUGGAAGGCAUUACAAGUCUGCCUUCAAGACUCAUCUCUUAAAAGCAAAAUGUAACAAAAUUACAGCCACCUUCAAGAUACAUACAAAAAGAAGGAUAACUUUAACUGAAGGAAGGAUUUGGUUCCAUUCAACUCCACGGUCAUUGUGCCUUUACUUGUGUUAGAGUUCUCUGCUUUCUUCCUCUCUCCCUUUGAAGCAAUUAAAAUCUUCCUUGAUAACUGCUGUUUCCUUCUUUCUACUCUUGUUUCUAACAGCUUAGUGGGUUUCCUCUAAUUGUCUUAAAUCUCAUUCCACUGGUGGCAGAGGGGCCAAGCCUUCUUUUCUCAUGUCUAACCUUUGUCCUUUCCCACGGGACCAGUGUGAAAGUCAUAGUCAACACUGAAUAAAAGACUAGAGUGACAUGUGUGGCGUGUGUGAGUGUGUGUGUCUGUCCAUCUUUGCGUGUGGGUCAGUUUAUUUUCUUUUUAAAAAAUAAUUUAUUGUAUGACUUAUUUUGGAGUUCUACUCCAAUUACAGUGCUCCCUCACCCAAUUAGCAGUGAUUUUGCCCCCUCCCUCCCCACAAUGUAUAGUCUGGUCUCAGGUUGGAUUCUUUGGUACAUUUCUUUCUUCUGGAUGCCGUGCAGUUUAAUUAAACCUUGCUUAAAAACAAAACCCUGAAAACUGUGUACUCUUGUCUGGAACGCCGCCUCAAGUGGUGGCAUAGAGAGGGGAGAAAAUCUGUUGCCUUCAGUGAGUGUAGUGGUUUGACUAGGACCUCUGAGAAGGGAGAUGCACUGACUUGGGCGGAAGCAUCUGGUAGCUGGAGGGGUUUUCCCUCCUCCCCUCUUGCUGUUUAGAAUACCACAGUUCAUUAGCCAUGCUCACCUGGGUGAUUCUGAUAGAUUUGGUCAUCAGUGUUUGCCACCUACCUGAUUUCAGGGGACCCAGGAGAUGCUCUGGCCUUGUCCUCUCCUUCUAUCUCUUAAGCUUCUUUCUACCUGUGUUGCAUGGCAGUCUCAGACUGAGGUAUGGAAGAAAAGGUGGGGGCAGAGCAGACAUACUGUGCGUGUCUAUUUUUAUUGUUUUUUUUUUUUUUUUCCCCUUUCCUGCUUUUUGCAUUGAAAUCUUAGCUGGCUUUCUUGAACUUUGACUUGGGGUGUAAAAACUGAACCAGACAUUCUCUGCUUACUGUGGUCAGCUGACAUAAUCACCACCAAGACUUAAUGAGCUUACCUUGCACUUUUCAUCACUAGGAAAGGUCUUGAAAUUAUUUCCCAUACUGAUUCAUUAUGGGUGUGUGUAUGAAUCACUUUCACAUAAUUUUAGAUAUGAAAACAUGUGAGAGGGAGGGGGGAAAGGCCUCCUUUCAUUUUCAUCCAUACUUAACAGAUUGGCUGAAUCCCUGAUUAUUUGACCCAUCAUUGUUAUUAAUAUGAUUAAUAAACUACCUAUUUAUUGAUUUAA